UAACAUAGGUACUUUGAAGAUAAGUAAAUUUAAUUCAAUUUAUUUUAUAAAAAUGAAAGUAUUUCUUUUGUUGACUAUUUUAGCAUUGAAAAUUGUCGCCAGUUCCACACAAGAUGCUCGCUGCUCUCAGCCAAUGGAUGUGGGAACAUGCAACCUCGCUUUAGUCCGGUACUACUAUGAUUCAGAAAGGUCUAUGUGCCACGCGUUCAUCUACACUGGCUGCGGGGGUAAUUCUAACCUGUUCAGAACUGCGCGAGAGUGCAGGCAGGCUUGUCUAUGAAAUAUAAUAUUUUCUAUAUAAAGAAAUAGAUUAUAUUAACCUGUGUAUGAAAUACAUAAUUAUAUUAACGCUUUCCUUACAUGACGUGGCCAGCAUAUUAUAUCAAUCAACUCCCAAAUGUCAACUUUUGUUAUUAUAUAUUCGACUUUAUACCUUAAGAUCUAGUUUAAAAUCUAAUAAAAAAACACAGAAAAGAGUAAGUCUUUCUAGCUGC